UCGACCAUUAGCGGGUCGUGCAAGCUUUUCUUUUAUUCUCUCGGCUCAGAUUUUUGUAGCCUUACUGUCAAUUGCUUGUUUGCUUUUCAGAAGAUGAGUGCUGAAGUUCAAGCUUCCUCCUCCAGGCGAAAGGCCCCGGCCGAAGUCGCACAGGCGACUCGCGUCAACUUCGCGGCCCGCCUGAACGCUCUACCGGCUGUGACCACCCUCCGCGGCGUGGCGACUCAGGCUUACGAUCGCGCAAAGCAGAGCUACGCCUUCGUCGCCGUCCCCUUGCAACUGGCCGAGAUCGGAGUCCAGUACGCCGUGGAAAAAAGUAUGCCUGUACUGGACAAGUUCAGUCCCCAGCUAAGGUACGUCGACCGUCUUGCCUGCCGAGGGCUGGACAAUCUCGAAGCCGUCUACACCGACGUGACCCACAAGCAGCCACGGGAGAUCUUGAUCGACACAGUGGCCUUCGGCCGUUCCACGCUCGCCAGUGUCAAGGAGUACGGAGUCUCCAAGGCACAAGACGUCAAGACCGUUGCCGUGGGUGCCCUUCACGUCGCCACUCAUCCCGUGCAGACUCUUUCUACGUGCACUCGUCAGACUUUCAGCUACACUCUGAAGGCGCUUGAGGUCUUAGAUGCCGCCCUGGACAAGCACAUGGCUGCUUCCGCCAUCGCCAUGCCCGAACGCGCCCCUUCUGACGCGCCAGACUUUACCACCCUCCUCACGCUCCUGGACACGGUUGUCUUCAAGGCAGCUGCUUGCGCCAAGGCCGAGGUGACUGCUUGGGGCGCCGCCGUUCGUCAGCGCAACGACCAAAUCCGGUACUUCCUCAGGGUUCGACACUUCAUCACUGCCCCUGCGCCGGAUUCUUCGGCAGAAAAUGUGGAACCAGUGCCACGCAGUGAGACUCCAAACACAGAACCCAAAGUGCCGUUUGAAGAAACCGUUGACUCAAGCUCCGGAGGCGGAUCCCCUACUUCUUAGCCGCGGUUCCAGACUUGAGGACAUUUGGCGGCCCUGCGAGGCGUCUGCUUGUGUUGUGUUCUUGGCCUUAGUACUGAAUAAACUUGUGACCUUAUUUUA